AUGCCACUGUCGCCAAAUGCCAAGUAUCCCACGCAAAAUCAUCUCUGGCUCUGCGGCACGGCUAUCCCUCGCUCGUUUGGAAUCUGCGAACAUGUGUUGGUCGGAGCGACCCAAGAGUCGUCGUCCAACCCCCGACUCCCGACGGCACCCGCCAAUGAGCACGAGCUCCCCGUGGCCGUAGUCCCGGAUCUCGCAGCUGACCGGCGAUUCUCCAACCGUCCCUACAUUGAGGCAGCCCCAUAUAACCGCUUUUACGCGGGUGUUCCCAUCCGAUCUCCCAAAGGUAUCAACAUCGGCGUAUACUGCAUAUUCGAUGACCGCCCACGCUCCGGGCUCGAUGCCGACUCGGUGCAGUUUCUCCGCGACACGGCGCGGACGAUAAUGGAUUAUCUCGAUGCUAGGAGGGUCAACGAAAGCUAUCGCCGCAGCGAGCGCAUGGUGCAAGGACUAGGUAACUUCAUCGAGGGGAGAGACGACCCCGUUCCGCCGGCAAAGUUCAACCCACGAGGGCUUCCGAAUGGCUACGAGCCUCCUCGGCUUGCCGCGUCGUUUCCAGAGACGGGCCCGUCGUCGCCCGGAUCUCCUCCAGUCGCCCGACCGAGCCUCAACCCAGUUAGCCCGGAGCCGACAAAUUCUCCUACCAAGGUUGAUUCGAGCGACUCUGUCGAAACUACUGCAACGACUGCCACGAUAGCGACGACCACAUCGACCACCGCCCCGCCAGAUCCGCACUUGUCGGAAACCAUCAAGAUCUUCUCGCGGGCGGCCAACGUGAUUAGAAAGUCUCUCGAAGUAGACGGCGCUCUUUUUCUGGAUGCCAGCAUCGGAUCAUUCGGCGGCCUUGUGAGCGGCCCUCGCAGGGCGAGUGAGGUGGCAGACCACAACUUCUCGAGCAGCGAAGACAGCCUCUCAGAAAGACCCGAAGAUGUCAACGAUCGAUGGUGCAAGAGUUUUGGAAGAUCAUCGGCCACGGACGAUGCCGUCGGCGAGUCAGACGCGCCACAGCUGGGUCGUUUGACUUUGCGCGAGAGGUUCCUCAGGAAACUGCUUCGUAGGUAUCCGAACGGAAAGGUUUUCAGCUUCGACGAGACGGGUAACUGGUUGGCUGCCGACUAUGAAAGCGACGAUGCUGAUGUCACGCCUACGGAAGAGACCGAACAGUUCUCUACGCGACCCGAGAGCAAGGCGGCCCAUUCGUAUUUCACCAAGAGGAACGAGGCAAAGACGAUUGUCGACAUCUUUCCAGGCGCCAGGAGUGUUGCGGUAGUUCCGUUGUGGGAUCCCUCCAAAGAGCGAUGCUUUGCCGGGGGGUUCGUUUGGAGCAAAAGCGCGACUCGUAUUCUCACACCAGCCGCGGACUUGCCCUUUUUGCGAGCAUUCGGAAUGGUCACCAUGUCCGAGGUUAUCCGGCUCGAUGCCAUCUUGGCAGACAGGGCAAAGACGGAUAUUCUGGGAUCUCUGAGUCACGAGCUUCGGUCGCCGCUCCACGGGGUCGUUGCCGCGGCUGAGCUUCUCCAUGAUACCCAGCUAGACGCUUUCCAGGUUGAUGUUAUCCACACUAUUGAGAUAUCUGGCAAGACGCUGCUUGACACCAUUGAUCAUCUACUGGACUACAGCAAAGUGAACACCUUCCUUCGAGCGUCCAAGUCUCAACGCAAGAACAAUGGACCCGGACGCGGUUUACGGCCAGAAACAUCGGCGUCCAUUGAGUCGGGAAUGAUGAGUUUGGUGUCGGACGUGCAUCUCGACUUGCUUGUGGAGGAAGUCAUCGAGAGCGUCUUCAUUGGCCACAGCUUCCACCACAUGGUUGCGUCUUCACUGGCUCGCCAUGGCUCAACCUCAGGCCCUCCUACGCCAGCUCAAGAAAAGCUGGACGCUAUCGCUACAUCCGAUGGUCUGGGCCACCGGCGAAGCCCCUCCGAAACUCAGCCUGCCAGCCUCAAGGACGUCAAGAUUCUUGUCGAUAUUGACCCGCAGUACUCCUGGGUGUUCCACACCAACCCAGGUGCCAUCCGCCGCGUCGUUAUGAACCUAUUUGGAAACGCGCUCAAGUAUACGUCAAAGGGGUUCAUCAAGGUUCACCUGAGGCAAGAGGAAGUUGUACACAAAUCGUCGAGGUCUGCGUCGAUGGUUGUACUGACCGUUACCGACUCGGGCAAAGGCAUCAGCGAGGAGUUCCUUCACAACAAGCUCUUCACCCCGUUUUCCCAGGAAGACGCCCUGGCACCGGGAACUGGUCUCGGUCUGAGUCUUGUCAGGCAAAUUGUGACGGGUCUCGGCGGGACAAUUAGUGUCAGAAGCCAGGUCGGUCACGGGACGAGCAUUACGGUGUCAAUGCCGCUUAUCCUGUCGCGGAAAGCCAGCAGCCGUGGUAGGAAGUUUUCGGCUGAUCUGAACACACUGGCUGGCACUCAACUCUCGGUUCGUGGAUUCAGCCGGGGCUUCGAUGAUUCGGAGGAGCUCCGGGCCGGCGGGCUCGAUCUUCCCGUAGAAAGUCUACCUUUCAAGUGGAUGGACGUAAAGAUCAAUGAGGACAGCCGGAGCUCGUCGAGUUCAGAUUUGAUGGUGUGCAGUGAGGAAGCCUUCAGAAAGUAUGGUCUGUCGGAGACUGGAGGUGUCGAGACACCGCUCGUCGUGGUCUGCGGCAACGCCGAGGCCGCACAGAAGCUUGCCACAUCGUACAGACGCUCUCUUCGACACGAAGCCGUCAUGGAGUUUAUCGCUCAGCCUACCGGACCGAGGAAAGUUGCAAAGGCUCUGGCCUGCGCCCUCGACCGCUGGAAGAAGCGCCAACCCGCCAGGCCAAUGCCAGUCAGCCCCCUGUCUGAUGCUUUCCCCGCGCCGAUUCCAAGCCCACGUGUGUUGAAGUCGGACAGCCUGACAUCAAGGCCCAGAGCACAGUCCGAGACGGUGAAGAUGAUAAGGGUGACGUCGCCUCCUCCCGAAAAUGUGUCGCAGUCGCCCGGGGACAGUUGGAUUGCCAAUACAAACGAUUCCAACAACUUCACCUUGACGCUUCCGUUCCGACCUGCCGCGUCUUUGGCGGCGCCCGCCACAUCGACAACUUCGGCCAGGGGAAGCAUGAAUACAGGCGUCUCACCUUCCCCUGGGACCGUCAAGCCUACAUCAGAGUUCCUCUUAGUGGACGAUAAUGCAAUCAAUCUGAAGAUUCUGUCGGCGUAUAUGAAGAGGCUUCACAAACGGCACGCCACCGCGUCCAACGGCCUCGAGGCUCUGCAAGCGUACACAUCACAGCCACAGCGAUUCUGCUGCAUCCUCAUAGAUAUAACGAUGCCUGUCAUGGACGGGCUCGAAGCCACAAGGCGGAUCAGGAAGUUUGAGCGAGCGCACAACCUGCCGGCCGUGACUGUGAUUGCAAUCACCAGUCUAGGGUCGGUGGGUGCUCGGCAGGAGGGUUUUGCGAGCGGAAUGGACCUUUUCCUGACGCGACCAGUGACCAUGACGGAGCUGGUCGAGAUUUUGAAACAACGGAAACUAGUCGACGAGACGACGGAGCGUGAAGUCUUAUUGCAAUGA